GUGUGUUUCAGAUAUUUACAGUGUUAUUAUAUUAGAAUGGUUGGAGAACAGUCAAGGAUUAUGGUUCGUGCUUUUGUUGUGUUAUGUUUGUGCUGGAGGCGUCUGGUUGGCGGGACAGAUGAAGUGACGUCUGUGUCAGUGAUGGAGGGAGAAUCUGUCUCUCUAAACACUGGUGUUACUGAAGUACAGAAGUAUCGUCUGAUUCAGUGGAGGUUUGGAGAAACACGAAUAGCUCAAUUCAACAGUCUGACCAGAAGCAGCUCCACAUAUGACACUGAUGAUGAUAAAACACUCAAAAACAGACUGAAUCUGGAUCCUCAGACUGGAUCUCUGACCAUCACAAACAGCAGAACCACAGACUCUGGACUCUAUCAACUAAUACUCACCAGCAGAGAGACCAGAUCCAAGAGCUUCAGAGUCACAGUCUCUGCGACUACUACACAAAGUUCUUCAUCAGCAGAAAGUUCCUCAAGCUCCAGAUGUGUGUCGUCCAGCUGUGCAGUGAACAAUUCAACCCUCAAACACACUGAGAAUCUCAAUACAGACUGUACCCACUGUUGUGAGACUUGUGAAGCUGCGAUCCGAUUGGUCGUCGCUGCAGUGGUGGGCGUGGCUGCUGUUGCUGUGCUGGUUUAUGACAUCAGAUCUACAAGAAGUGAACAACACAGAAGAGACUCACCAUUAAACCCACGGAGUGAAAUCAGACCAACAGUUUAA